AUGUCUAUUGAAGAAACUGACUCCCAAGUUGUGAUCACUCAUCCAUCUAACUCUAAUACUUCAGUCACCAUCCUUAAGUAUGGUGCCACUGUUACUUCAUGGAAAUUGAAUGGUGAAGAACAAUUGUGGCUAUCCACCGCUGCCAAAUUGGAUGGUUCCAAGCCAGUUAGAGGUGGUAUUCCAUUGGUGUUCCCAGUUUUUGGUAAGAACCAAAGUGACGAACUUUUGAGCAAGCUUCCACAACAUGGUUUUGCAAGAAACUCUACAUGGGAGUUCCUGGGCCAAGUUAAGAGUAACCCACCAACUGUUCAAUUUGGAUUGAAUCCAAAGAUUGCCAACCAGGAAUUGGUUAAGCUAUGGCCUUUAGAUUUCAACUUGAUUUUGACCAUAGAACUUGGUGAGGACUUCUUGAAAACUGCCAUUGAAGUUGAGAAUGCUUCUGAGGAGAACAUGAAAUUCAACUGGCUAUUCCACACCUACUUACACAUCGAAGACAUUGAGGACACCAUGGUCUCCAACUUAGUUGGUAUGAAGGUCUACGACCAAUUGCUAAAGGAGAGCUUCAUUGACAAGCACCCUGUGGUUACUUUCCACCAAGAAACAGACUCUAUUUACCAGAACGUCGAUUCCGAUAGAUUGAUCCAAGUUGUAGGUAAGGGUAAGCCACUACAUACUGUCAAGAGGGAAAAUCUACCAGACGCUGUCGUUUGGAACCCAUGGGUCGACAAAUCCGCAGGUAUGGGCGACUUCGAACCAAAGGAUGGUUUCAAGAACAUGGUCUGUGUUGAGCCAGGCCAUGUCAGUGACUUCGUUGUCUUGCCACCAGGUCAAAAAUGGUCUGCUGCUCAAAUCUUGUCCAAGCAAGAAUUGAACUACCAAGCCAUCGAACCAUAA